GACCGCGCAACGUGCACUGUCAUUCUUUAUCAGUUUCUCAAAAUGGUGGGUAAAAUUUUACAAGUUCCUUUUCUCUUUAGUUUUUUUUCAGCUACGUGAAAACGAAUAAUUCUUAAAUAUUUUAAUUCAUUUGUGGCUUCUUUCCGGUAUCAUUCAUGUCGAUCUUAGAAGGCGCUCAUUUAGCUUCGCUUUGCAACUUGCAUUGUAGUGUGGGAAGAGUGUGGUUGAAGCAUCUCAAAUUUUAUUAAUUUUAUUUCAGUCUCGGCGUUAUGAUACCAGGACGACGAUAUUUUCGCCCGAAGGUAAGAACUGAGAAGAUUUGAUUUUUAAUUUGUUUUUCAGUACAUGUUUUACACCCUUUCCAUGUUUGCAGAAUUCUAAUCUAACUGCAAGGUAGUGACAAGAAAUUUGCGUCUUUGUUUCACCUCUAGUUCGACUUCAUUAGACCUGACACGGAUUUGUUGAUAAAAUUUGUAUCUACAUGCAUUUUACAUUGAGGGAAUGGCAAGAUUUCCUUAAAAUCCCAUACCUCAUUAUGCGUGCGGUUUGUUGAUGAACGGAAAGAAUGUAGACUGUACGUGAUCUGUUACUGUGCAGACCCACGGCAACAUAGAAUCUAAAGUUCAGUAUUUCAUUCAGUUUGUUCUCUUUGCAAACAGGGCGACUAUAUCAGGUGGAAUAUGCUAUGGAAGCUGUAGGUCAUGCUGGUAUAUGCCUUGGAAUUUUGGCAAAUGAUGGGAUUGUUUUAGCAGCUGAGAGGCGAAACACUAAUAAACUUCUUGAUGAAGUGUUUUCUUCCGAAAAGAUUUACAAGCUUCAUGAGUAAGUUCAGGAAAAGAGAUUGAUGAAAGUGACCAAUGCAUUUGAAAAUAAUGUUUUUUUGCAACAUGCAAGAAAUAUAGAUAAAAUAGGUAGAGUUGCUGUCUGCAGGAAGGCUUUGGUUUUUGGUAUGGGAACAAGUGAAAUUUAUCUGGGUCUAAUUAAUGUAAUUAUUAAUGGUUUCAUGAAGCAUAUGAUCAAUAAGCAGAACUUCAAAAGGAUAAAGAAGACAUUUAAUGUUACAGCUCAGUGUCCUUCAACUUAAGCUUCCUCAAUUCCAUAUCAAAACUCUAACAAAGCCAUGAGACUUGAGGACAAAGGAAAAAAAAUGUGGACAUCUGUUUGACCAUACCUAGCUACCUGCUGUAUAUACCUUUUAUCCUUCACACCCAUUAGUACAGAUUGUAACUGUAACAGGUUGCAAAGGGAAAUAUCAGAAAAAAAAGCAUGUUAGUCACAUUGGGGAGAUAAAGGUUGAAGUCAUAAAAAUUGUUUUUCACAGUCUAUGUGAUAAGAGAAAUUUUGAUGAAUUUUUUACCAUUUCAGUGACUUGGCAUGCAGUGUUGCGGGUAUAACAUCUGAUGCUAAUGUGCUGACAAAUCAACUUAGACUCAUAGCUCAAAGGUAAAUUUUAUUGUAUGUAAGAAGUUCAAUAGAUAUUUUCUAAAUUUUUUUUUCACUCUGAUCUUGAGUGUUUAAUUGGACAAAUUACAUUUACAUUUGUUCAGAAGGUAGGGGUCAUUAUGUGUCCUUUGAUUUAUCAUACUUUUUUUUCUUAGAUAUUUAUUACAAUACCAAGAACCAAUACCAUGCGAGCAGGUUGUCAGCUCACUCUGUGAUGUAAAACAAGCCUAUACACAAUUCGGAGGUUAGUUUUAAUUGGUAUUAAAAGACUUAGUUAAUAGUAUUGGAGGGUAGGCUCCACAAAGGUUUCAAAGGACAUCAAAGGGUAGCAUUCUUAUCAGCAGCAGGGAGAUGACCAUGGCAGCUGGCCUACACCAUCCUGCAAGCACCUGGCAUUACAACACAGACAAACCAGGGUGUGGAACAAGUGCUUACCAAGAUUUUAAGGGGCAGGACAGGGAAAGAAAUGAAGCCAGCCAAGUACUAAAGCAAAUUGAGGAAGUCAAUGGCACUGCUCUUGCAAACCUCCAACCUCCAAGUUGUGUUUAUAGAACUGUUCCUUUUUUCACAAAACUGGGUUUGAAUUUCUUGAUAUUUACUGUCCAAAUAGCUUGUUUGUGACUCUUGUGGGAAAAACUGCUUGAAAUUUGUUAAAAAAAGAACAUGAAAAGCUGCCUUCAAAGCUGAUUUUGUUCAUCAUGCCUGCUUGAGGAGCCAGUCAGAAAAUAGUAUUCACUAAAACACUUGCCAACUUGUGGAUCCUGCCAUGUAAUAAAUUUUGUCCAUGCCUGCAGGUUUGCGACCAUUUGGUGUAUCCAUUUUGUACAUGGGCUGGGACAAACACUAUGGCUAUCAGUUGUAUCAGAGUGAUCCCAGUGGCAACUACAGUGGGUGGAAGGCAACAUGCAUAGGAAAUAACAGUGUGGUAAGUCAUAAUUCUUUUCUGUGAGGAAUUGUGUAUCAUUACAAGUUGUUCACUGCCAAGAUUUGAAAGUCAAAUCUUCUGAUUGGUGGCCUUACAUUUCUUUGGUAACUACUGUAGGCCUAUGCUGUAUGAAUUUGGGGUCAAAUGCAAACAAUUUCCCUUAGUUAAUCAUGAUCUUAGAAUUUCUCACUACCUGCCUAAUUGACAAUUUACAAACUGUUCAGAGAACUUAUACAUACAUGUAAAUCACUUGGGUGUGUAAGGGUUAUUACAGGAUGCACUUGUAGGUGAGUGGUAUUUUAGAAAGAACUAUAAUCUAUCAUCAGUCUGUAAAUUUUCUUUAGUUCUCAAGAAAGGGGUGGCUUUCAAAUCAAUCAGAUUCAAAUAUUUCAAAAACAACAUAAAACAAUGCUUUCCUAUGAUUCUAUCAGGCUGCAGUCUCCAUGCUGAAACAAGAAUACAAGGAAGAGGAAAUGACAUUAAAAGAUGCUCUGAAACUGGCAGUCAAAGUGCUAGACAAGACAUUAGAUAUUACAAAACUUACCCCUGACAAAGGUUAGUGUACAGACUUAACAAAAAAAACUCAACAACUUACUGUACCUGAAAUAGAGUUGAACAUGUAAAAUGUAACUUCCAUCAUUUUGUACUGGUUAGAUAUUUAGUAAGUUUACAUUUCAAGUGUGUUUUAAUGUUCAGUUUGCUAGAUCAUUUUUUACCACUGCAACUUUCAACUUAAAUAUACUGCUAUAAGUUUUUUUAGAAAGUAAGUCUUGCACUUUUCUGUGUUGAUAGCUACAAUACCUCACCAAUGAGGAUUUUUUACUAAUUUUAACAUCUUCUUGCCUUGUAGUGGAAAUGUCCACUUUGACUAGGGAAAAUGGCAUUACAAGCAUCAAGAUUCUAAAAGCAGGGGAAGUGGAAGAACUUAUCAAGGAACAUGAACAAGUGAAAGCAGAAGAAGCAAAGCAAGCUGCUGCCAAGAAAUAACUUGAGCUUUAAUUUAUGAAAUCCACACUUCAGAAUAAAUGUUAUUCAUUAUAAGCAAAUUCUUGUAGACAACUUGAGCUUUAGACAGACAAAGAAUAUCAUACAGAUAUCAAGGUCAAAACCUUGCCAAAGUAGCAAAUCCCAGUUGUGACUUUUUUUCAACCUUUUGACCUUUUGUCACAGAAGGUAUAUUCAGGUAAAUUCAGAUAUCAAGCCUGAUGAUGGAAAACAUGUAACCCUUAAAAUCCCUAUAGUGACCAGCAUCUAAUUUCUCUCUACAGUGAUACUGCUCAAACAUUCAUGAAAAUCAUGAGAAUAAAGGAAAUGAUCACCAAGUUAAGAAGCUUUGAUUGUUGAACUAAUUCUCCUUGUCAGUACUAAAGGAAAUGUAUAGAGAACAGUAUGGAGAAUAUGCAUACUGAUGUUAGGGUUUUGAGAGUUAACAGUAUAACAUUGUAAAGCAAAGGGAAGAAAGAAAAGAAAUCAUGGUUCAAGAUUGAUAUUCAUCAUACUUUUCUCCUCUUUGGGAAGUGAAAAGAUUGUAUGAAGGGCCAGAAAAUGUGCUUCUGAUUGAAGGCUCUUAUUUUCUUUAAGGAAUUUUGCUAAAAUAGGUACAGCAGAGGAAGACUUGUAAAAUGUAAGAUUGCAACUUUUGAGGAUUUCAUUACUGAGGUUUAUUAGGCUGUAAAAAAGGUCAUUUUGCAUCUUUACCCGAGUGUGUUACAUGUACUUCAUCUGAGUAUUUGUCAUGUUUUAAAAAGUGCACUAUUUCAACAGAUUGACUCUUCGCUAUUUUGAAAUAUCAAUAAUGCAGCUUCUUUUGUUCCCUAAGAGAUUUGGGUAAGCCCUGUUUCGAUAGUUACUGAUUAGUUUUGAGGUGUCAAGAGAAAUAAGAAAAUAAUGCUCAUGCAAAACUUUAGGGGAGAAACAGAAUGACAUUAGAAUGAAGGAAAAUAAUGAAUGGUGGACUGUUUAGAUUUUGAGUUCUGCUUGUGAAGUGUAAGGU